AUGGCGACCAAAUCGGUCGCCAUCUCCAGGAGACGGCGACCAACUGGUUGCCGUCUCCUGGAGAUCGCGACCGGUUUGGUCGCUUCUCCCGUAGACGGCGACCAGUUGGUUGCCAUCUCCAGGAGACGGCGACCAACUGGUUGCCGUCUCCUGGAGAUGGCGACCGAUUUGGUCGCUUCUCCCGGAGACGGCAACCAGUUGGUUGCCGUCUCCAGUGGAGAUGGCGACCAAAUCGGUUGCCGUCUCCAGUGGAGAUGGCGACCAAAUCGGUCGCCGUCUCCUGGAGAUGGCGACCGAAACCACGGCCGAAGGAGGCAACCAGCCCCCUCCGGCCGGACGCGACCGGCGCCGGCGACCUCACCGGCGCCGGUUUUUUAUUUUGUGGCCGGAGCUUUAUUUAACCUGCUAUCACAGACAUUGAGUCGGCCCCAACAACUGACUCCUCAUGGUCAUAUCAUUGAGUCAGCUAUUGAAGCAGCUGCAAGUGCCGUUGUAAAUCUUCGAGAUUAUUUGAAUGAAUUGGACAGUAAAGUUGGUGAUGGUGAUUGUGGAUCAAAUAUGUAUAGAGGUGCAAUGGCCAUACUUGAAGACAUGAAGAAGUAUUAUCCACUAAAUGACCCUGCAGAAACUGUUAAUGAAAUUGGAUCUUCUGUCAAAAGAGUGAUGGGAGGAACAAGUGGUAUCAUUUACAGCAUAUUAUGCAAGGCAGCAUUUGCAGAGUUGAAGGCAAAGAGGCAGACAAGAAGCUGCACGGUGCACUGGUUCGCUGCACGUGAAGCUGGCAUUGCUGCUGUAAGUAAAUACGGGGGGGCUAGCGCAGGUUAUCGAACGUUGUUAGAUGCUCUUAUUCUAGCUGCAUCAACUUUGAAAGAGAGGUUGAAUGGUGGGGAUAACUCCAUUGAAGCUUUCAUUGCUUUUGCUGAUGCAGCAGUGGCUGGAGCUGAGUCAACCAAGGACAUGCAAGCUCAGGCUGGUCGUUCAACAUACAUUCCUGCUGAUAUUCUUGCAUCAGUCCCUGACCCAGGUGCAAUGGCUGCAACUGCAUGGUACCGAGCAACAAUUUUGGCUAUAGUAGAGAAAGUGUGAGGCAUCAUAAACAGAGAAAUAACAAAUAUUUUUCCAGCAGGCUUAAUUUUUGUUGUUGGAAUUAACAUAAAUACUGUAACUAAUUAGCUUUUCUUUCCGCCUCUGCAGUCCUUGUUUGUGCAAAGUUGAGAAAGGUUACAUUAUACAUGCCAUACAGAGUACUUUAUGUCGUAAUUUUGUGACACUUUGGUGAAUGCCGGUUUCGUUACCUUUUGAGUAGUAGUGAUUUACUUUGUUUCCU